CAGCUGACAUUGGCAGCGACCAGCGACAGCGACAUUGCGUUUGUGAUGCGAUUUGCGAUUGUGAUUGUAAAUUACUUCUUCAAAAUAAAUCAUCUAAAUAAAGUUAAUCAAUAUUCGUGUAUUUCUUAAACGUCGGAAUGUUUGCACUAUAGUUGAUAAUAAGAAGCCAGACAUUAGUUAACUUAUUAUGUAAAUGGUGCUACUUCUUUAUAUAUAUUACCUUCUCGCUUUUCUGCAAUGGAUUACUCGGCUCAAAACUUGGAAUAUGCCGUUGCUGUAUUUUAUAAUGGAGAGCAGAGCGAGCGUGCUAAGGCCCAUGCGUGGCUCACAGCUGCGCAACGAGUGCCUGAAGCCUGGAAAUUUGUUUGGGAAUUACUUCAACCUACAAAGAUUGAGUAUUUGUUUCAGGGAACUGAAGUACAAUUUUAUGCUGCAACUACUUUACACACAAAAAUAUUGCGAUGCUGGAGUGAAUUACCACCAGAAAGUUAUGAUGAAUUAAAAGACAAAAUAUUGCAAGCUGUAUUUAUAUAUUCGAAAGGCCCAAAAAUAGUAACAAAUAGGCUUUGCAUUAGUCUAGCAGCAUUUAUACUGCAACAAGGAACAGUAGAUCUGGCUACUAUAUUGAGGCCACUCUCUUCUGCUGAAAACACCGCUCUUCUUCUUGAGGUUCUUACGGUCAUACCUGAAGAAUAUAACAGCAUGACAAUGGGAUCAGCACUUCGGGCUAAAAACAGAGCAGCACUUCAACAGACCUGCCCUAUGGUUCUUGAUGAAAUGCUGCGGUAUUUGCAAACUGCUUAUCAGGAGUAUGGUAUUGAUGGGCCUCCAGAGGAGGUUGUUCAGGCUUGGCUUAGUGCUGCCACUUGUACCAUUAAUUGGCUGACACUGGGCGGAGAGGACUCCUCCGAAUCUGGCUGUGGAACCCUACCCGAACUCCUGCCUUUGUGCCGCACCUUGAUCACAAUUGUCAAAGUUUUAUACUUAUGCAAUGAAGCAGUGAGUGAUAGUGUGCUAGACGCGAGUGAAGCGUGUCUUGCGGCGGUGCGUGCGGCGGCGGCGUCCUACCAAGCGGAGAAGUACCCCGGCGCGGCGCUGGAGCUGCUGACGGACCUGCUGGUGCUCGCCGUGCCGCUCAUGGAACGGGACAACGUGCCCAACUCUAUCAACGAGGAGAUACUGUCAGCGGUAAUAACAUGUUGCGUCGCAAUUGGAGAUUGUCACACAGAGUGCAUAGCACGGGCGGCAGAGAGUGCACAUGGUGAAGGGACGGAAAAUAUGCUUUACGGCGCUGUUUCCGCGCGCCAGCUGGUGGAGAUACUACUCGCCGCGCAGGGCGCACCGGGUCACUACCCUGUACAUGAAACUAGGUCUAACCUCGUGUUCGGCUUCUGGUACUCGCUACAAGAUCAAGCGCUGAACUUAGUCAGCGGGCAGCAGCCACACCAGCUGUGGCGCGAGGUGUUCUCGCGGCUGCUGACGGUUAUGGUCAGCAAGUCGGAGAUGGCGAGCGACACCUCCAUGACGUGGGACGAGAAGGAGCUGCUGCGUUGCUACCGGCAGGACGUGGCCGAUACCGUGAUGUAUUGCUACAGCGUCCUCGGCGAGUGGUGUUGGUCGGUGGUGGAAGCGGCCUAUAAUUCAGCGGAGACUGACAUCCGGCGGGAAGCAGCCCUGCACGUGUUCCUGGCGCUGGCGGACGCUCAGCAGCCGCAGCCUCCCGCCGCGGUGCUCAGCUUGCUGCGCUGCGCCGAGCACGUGGCCCGCACCGCGCCCGCCUCCCCGCUCCUCUCCGUCGCGCUCGACUGUCUCGGCGGCUAUGCGCCGUGGCUGCAGUCGCUGGACGCGGUGGCGGGCGCAUGCGUGUCGGCGGCGGGGCUGGCGCUGACGCGCGCGCCCGCCGCCGCCGCGCAUGCGCUGCGCAGGCUCUGCGUCGACUGCAGCGCGCCCGCCGCCGCUAGCGCCGCGGACAUCGUGCUCACCGCGCAGAGUUCAGCUUCCCGACAAGACGACGCGUGGACCCGACGGCAGCUGGCGGGCGCGGCGGGCGCGGCGCUGGUGGCCGCCGAGCUGCCGCUGGCCGCGCCGCUGCUGCAGCGCCUCGCUUGCUCCCUGAGGGACGAGCUGAUGCACCAGACGCACAAUCCACCGGCCGCGACCGGCGCGGCGUCGUGCUGUGCCGCGCUGCUGUCGUCGCUGGCCGCGUCGCCGACGCUGGCGGCGCUGCUGCUGCGCACGCUGCACCCCGCGCUGCCCGCCACUGCCGCCCAGCCGCAGCUGGUGGAGCCGCUGUUCCAGAUAAUAAAACAAGCUAUAUCGUCUCUGAUGGGCGAUAUUUUACCAUUCGCACCCGAGCUAGCACAACUUAUCAUCACGGCUAUGAACACUAACGAGUGUGCUUCGGGCCUCGACUGUGUUAAACUGUUGGUACUACUAGUGGGGAGGCAAUGGGACGGCAGCCCGUCGUUGCUGCGCGACGCAUGCGCGGUGGCGGCGCGGAGAGUGGCGCCCGACCCCUCCGCCGCGCCCGACCUCACCGACGGCCUCUUCGCCAUGUUACUCUGCAUCACGAAGAAGAAGCCACUGUACAUGGAAUGGCUCAGGACUCAGCUACCUGAUCUUGUGGAUUUGGGUUGUAACUGCGUGCGGAUGUGGGAGGCGCACGCGGCGCGGUCAGCUUGCAACUGGCUGUCGGUGCUGGCGCUGCAGCGGCCGCUGGUGCUGCAGCCGCGCGCGCCUGAACUUACCACCGCAGCCCUGCGUUGUAUAGGCGGCGCGACGCCCCGCAACCAGAUCGAGCCGCUGGCGGAGCUGCUGCUGGCGCUGAACCGCGCGGAGUGGCGCGGCGAGGAGCUGGCGGGCUGGCUGCGCCGCGCGCUGGCUCAGCCCGGCUUCCCCACGCACCACGCCUCCGACGAACACAAGCACAAGUUCAUAGCUGCCGUUGUCAAAGAAAAAAGCAGCAAGCGGAGAUUAUUGGAGACAGUCCAGGAGUUCUCUCUGGUGUGUCGCGGUCUCAUCGGCACAGAGUACGCGAGGCAAACCCUUGCCUCGAGGCAGUUAAUUUCUUAAUUCAUAUCUGACAUAUUUUCCUUCAUGUUAUUUAUUGAUCAUUUUUAUUAGUCUUCGAAAUGAAAUCAAAAUCAGGAAAAUGACAUUGAAGUCGCCUUGUGAUAGACCUCGAAAAAGAGAAUAUUUUUUAAAGAUCUCAUUAAAUUGUCAAAACAUAUUUUUUACAAUGUAUUUGCUUACGACAUGUACAUUUUAUUUAUUAGUUUAUUGAUAUUCUGCAUUGGCAUUGUUUUUAUAGAUAAGAACAGUAAAUAUGUUUCAAUUAAAUUGCUAUUAUAUUACAAUAAUUAAAGUCUAAGGGCAGAUUUACUGCGUUUAUUGUAAUUCGAUUGACAUUUUUGAUUAACAAAAUAGAUUUGAGCAAAAUAAUGAGCUUCAUAGUUUGACCGUCAGUUACAUAAAAUACGUACGUAUUAAUAUUUAUAAUGUACAUUCUCAUUGUAUAUAUCAUUAAGGAUUACAGAAAAUAAAAUAUUCGGUUAAAUA